GCAGAGUUCUGAAGCGGGAGGCAUAAGCCGCAAGAGGGUUCCUCCAAUCCUCCCUCCUUAUUUCGAAGUGAUCGCUAGGUGAUUCUCCGUCCUCCCCUCUCAUUCUCCGGGUGAAGGGUGAAGGAGGACAAGAAUGUCUCACAGGAAGUUUGAGCACCCUAGGCAUGGUUCCCUUGGAUUUCUCCCAAGGAAGAGGGCUUCUCGUCACCGAGGAAAGGUAAAGGCUUUCCCCAAGGAUGACCCAACCAAGCCUUGCAAGCUAACUGCCUUCUUGGGUUACAAGGCCGGGAUGACCCACAUUGUCAGAGAAGUCGACAAACCUGGAUCAAAACUUCACAAGAAGGAGACUUGUGAGGCUGUGACAGUCAUUGAGACACCUCCAAUGGUUGUAGUUGGAGUUGUGGGCUAUGUGAAAACACCACGUGGCCUCCGCACUCUGAGUACAGUUUGGGCUCAGCAUCUUAGUGAGGAGGUGAAAAGAAGGUUUUACAAGAACUGGUGCAAGUCCAAGAAGAAGGCUUUUAGCAAGUACUCUGAGAAGUAUGGGACUGAAGAUGGAAAGAAAGAUAUCCAGGCACAGCUUGAGAAAAUGAAGAAAUAUGCUUCUGUCAUCCGUGUUUUGGCUCACACUCAGAUCAGAAGGAUGAAAGGGUUGAAACAGAAGAAGGCACAUCUGAUGGAGAUCCAAGUGAAUGGUGGAACCGUUGCACAGAAGGUGGACUUUGCACAUGGCUUCUUUGAGAAGCAGGUCCCUAUAGAUGCAAUUUUCCAGAAGGAUGAAAUGAUUGAUAUCAUUGGUGUCACCAAAGGUAAAGGUUACGAGGGUGUUGUUACUCGUUGGGGUGUCACCCGCCUGCCUCGCAAGACGCACAGAGGUCUCCGAAAGGUGGCUUGUAUUGGUGCUUGGCACCCUGCCAGGGUUUCCUUUACGGUUGCCAGGGCUGGUCAAAAUGGAUACCACCAUCGCACUGAAAUGAACAAGAAGAUUUACAAAGUGGGCAAGGCUGGCGAGGAGUCUCACGCUGCAAUGACCGAGUAUGACAGGACUGAGAAGGAUAUUACUCCAAUGGGUGGAUUCCCUCACUAUGGUGUGGUGAAGGAUGACUACAUCCUAAUCAAAGGAUGCUGUGUCGGCCCUAAAAAGAGGGUCGUUACACUUCGCCAGUCCCUCUUGAAGCAGACAUCACGUCUGGCCUUGGAGGAGAUAAAACUCAAGUUCAUUGAUACCUCUUCUAAAUUUGGACAUGGUCGUUUCCAGACUACAAAUGAGAAGCAGAAAUUCUAUGGGAGGCUUAAGGCCUAAUUAUAGAUUUGUCUCGGUAGACUUUUGGUUCGAGUUUUUAAAUUGUUUAGUGUACUAGAAGAAACCAUCUUGCAAAAAGUUUUGUUUUUUUAUCAAAUUGGUAUUUUGAGUUUCCUUUGAAGACAAUAUUUAUCUUAUUACUAUGGUUGGUCAUUUUCCUUUGUUGGUUAUUACAGUGAAUAUUUUGCUAGAUUA